AAUAUGCCAAUANAGUUUUUCAGCAUCUCUGUUCAUUGUAACGGCCGUCCGGCGUCAAGAGGCUACUGUUUCGGUUAUGCAAAAAGACUUGACGAAUCCAGAUGCAAGCGUAAGAACUGCGGCAAUCCGGCGGUUUCAUGCGCUCUGGCGGAAUCGUUUCCACGUUUGGUUGAAAAUGGAGGAUGGAGCUCAAAUGAACUUUAAAGUUCCUCCGCCAGGUAUUGACUUCACUUUACCAUCUCCGCCAAUCGGUCAGAGUCAAUCGGCAGUCGUCGAUCCACCGUGGAUGCCGCAUGUCAAAACAAAAGUUGAAGAACUCUCCUUGAAGGAAGAGGAACAAGCCACGAGCCAAACCAUCAUGACAAUGACUCGAACGCGAAGAAAGCAAAAACAAGAAAUGGUGAGAAGAGCCGUAAGGGAAGCGGAAGAACGGCAAUCUGCCCUCAGACAAAAAUUCCCCCUAAGAGCCACUGCUAUUAUUCAUCAAGCGGCCUACGAGCCGGCUUUAUUCCAUCAUCAACUCACCUCUCAACAAAUUACCAGUGACGCGUCAGGAGAAGGCAAGUUCCAAAAUGAUUUUCGCCACUCUAAACUAUCAUGCAUAUAUCAGGGUGAGAUGCACACAUCGUCUUCUCGUCAGCAAAUGCCUGUUGCUCAGCCACUGUUCCCGUCAUCCAUUCUGAGUGUAGUACCAACCAUCAUUGAAAUGUUAGACGAUGUACAAGUGGACAGUAAUGGAAUAUCAGGUCACUUUCUUUGUUCAUGUUCUAUCUCACGAUGUGAUCUCCUCAAGCGAUCAAACGCAUUCAAAGCGCAUAUUCCGUGCUCUGCCGUUUAUAUCGUAUCGUUCGGAUUUUUGAAAAAAAAUAAUUCUAAUGAUUUUAGCGUCUGA